GGGAGUAGGAGGACAAACCAUUAGGAUCCCACCCCUGGAGUUUCUUCACUGGGCGACGUUUGACACGCUUUCACUACAGCCGCGACGUGCUGGAGGAAGAAGCCCUCACAUGCGGUCCUGCGGAGACCACAUCUAACUGAGACAGACAGCAAAGCUUUACUGCCAGUGUUGACAACCCCUGAACUCAACCGGGCAGCCAGAGAGAUCAUGGGAGGAGUGGCUGUGGACGAUGGGCCUACUGGGGUGAAAGCCCCGGACGGAGGGUGGGGCUGGGCGGUGUUGGCAGGCGGUUUCGUCAUCACAGGCUUCUCCUACGCCUUUCCCAAGGCUGUCAGCGUCUUCUUUAAGGAGCUGAUCAGAGAGUUUGGUGUGGGCUACAGUGACACUGCCUGGAUCUCAUCAAUACUGCUCGCUAUGCUGUAUGGCACAGGUCCCCUGUGCAGCGUGAUGGUGAACAGGUUUGGCUGUCGGCCGGUAAUGAUGGUCGGAGGCCUGUUUGCUUCCCUGGGAAUGAUUCUGGCUUCCUUUGCCACCAGUAUUAUACACAUCUACUUAUCCACUGGAGUUAUUACAGGUCUGGGUCUGGCGCUGAACUUCCAGCCCUCUCUAAUAAUGCUAAACCGAUACUUCAGUGAGAAGCGUCCGCUGGCUAAUGGCCUGGCAGCUGCAGGCAGCCCUGUAGCCUUGUGUUGCCUCUCCCCACUAGGCCAGGUUCUCCAGUACCACUUUGGCUGGAGGGGAGGCUUCCUCAUCUUGGGGGGCAUUCUGCUCAACUGCUGUGUCUGCGGGGCCCUCAUGAGGCCCCUGUUGCCCCCCAAAAAGCUCCUGGAACCAGAGGUGAACGCUGUCAGAGCUGUGGAGGAGAAAAAGCCCCAACCCAAGAAGAAGUUGCUGGAUUUCACCGUAUUCAGAGACAGAGGGUUUCUCGUUUACACCAUUGCAGCAUCUAUCAUGGUGCUGGGGUUGUUUGUGCCACCUGUGUUUGUGGUGAGCUAUGCAAAGGAGCUGGGUUAUGAGGACACUAAGUCAGCGUUGUUGCUGACCAUCCUGGGAUUCAUAGACAUCUUUGCUCGGCCCACGUGUGGUUUGAUAGCAGGGUUGAAGUGGGUGCGGCCUCACUGCGUCUAUCUGUUCAGCUUUUCCAUGCUCUUCAAUGGAUGCACUGACCUCAUAGGCUCCCAGGCGACCGACUACACAGGGUUAGUAGUGUUCUGUAUCUUCUUUGGUAUCUCCUAUGGCAUGGUGGGAGCGCUGCAGUUUGAGGUACUAAUGGCUAUCGUAGGAACAGAGAAGUUCUCCAGCGCCAUUGGACUUGUACUGCUGAUGGAGGCCAUGGCUGUACUAGUGGGACCUCCAGGAGCAGGUCGUCUGUUGGACGCCACCCAUAACUACAUGUACGUGUUCCUGCUGGCAGGAAGUGAAGUCGUGCUGUCAGCCAUUGUCAUCACCCUUGGCAACUUGCUAUGCAUGAAAAAGAAACAGCAUGAGCCUGAGGCCGGUCUGGAGAUGGCGAUAAACUCUGCUGAAAGGGAAGGGCUGAACUGCGGACAGCAGGGCGAGGAGCUCCUGGAAAGUGAAGAGGAGCCAAAGGGAGAGGGAAACGACGAGGGAAAACACACGGAGAAUGGGGCCCUGAAAGAAAGGCUGGAAGAGCCGGCGAACACAGCAAAGGACGCAGCGGAGGCGAUUGAGGAGGAGUGCCCCAACACAUCUCUAUGAAGACAGCAAGCGGCGGUGUGUCACAACAGAGACUGGAAACGAGCCGGGCGCCCUGCCGAAGGGAUGCACACAAGAGUACUCUGUUGCAAAGGAUGGAGAAGAAUGUAGAGCAAAAUAGAGAGAGAGUGAGAGAGAGAGAGACGAUUAGAUGAUGUGCUGUUGUACACUUUAUUGUAUCACAGUGGGACUGCCAUCACAAACACAGGUGGUUUUUUUCUUGAUCUGCACUCUGCACCAAACUCGUAAUCACAAAAUCACACCAACACAAAAUACACACAUGCACACGCCGUAGCCUGACAAACCCAAGUCUAUUGUUACCUCAUCAAGAUGGUUUCAGCGAACAAACACUGGAGGAAGGAAGAGCGCGAUAUAAAUCAACUAAACCCAAAAAUCCAUUGUUGCCGUUGCUGUGGCUCUGCGUGCUUUAAUGCUGUAUUUUAAUGUCACUGGAAGGCGCGGGAUGGAUUGCUGUUGUCGUGUACAUGUUGUAGUGUUUGCAGCACCUUGUGUUGUACUGUCAGACACAUCCUGUCUCUUCCACAUGGGUCUUCGGUCUACACACAUUUCCUCUUAAUGUUCAGUGAAAUUAAAAAAAUAUAUAUACAUA